AUGGCACCAGAAGCCAGAAUGAAGGGUCCCGAAGAGAUAGAGCUACCUCCUUCUCCUCCUCUCGAGCUCAACAACAACAACUGCAUUCCUCCUCCAGCCUCUCCAUUUUUAGCCUUACCAUCACGGCCAGAGACACCACACUCAGUCUCAUCGCCCGAUCUGUCCGCCAUCACAACUGUAAACUUAUCGAAUCCGCUAACACCAAAACCUCGCAACCGAUCUCCAAUGUCUCGCGGCCAUCUGCGGUCUCACUCCACUGCCAGCACUCUCACGCUACCUCCCAUGCAACGAGCCCACAGCAGCCCUGGGGUAGACUCGACUGGUCGCUUCAUCAUACCACCUGCAACUGGUCCGCACCGACCUGCAUCUCCUCUUGGACAUUCUGGUCGCAGACGUAGUCCAUUAAGAUCAGCAAUGGAGGAAUCAUAUCCCAGCGGUCCUACAUGGAACGGGCUCUACAUCGAACCCAAUAUUCCCGAGCAUGCAGAGCUUGACAUAUCAGCCAGCACCAACCUAGCUCAUACCACCACACCUGAGGGAGAGCUUGGCCACACAUCACUUCCAUCAGCAUACAACACCAUCCCCCGCUCCAGACGAACGUCAUCAAGUCCGCUCUACCACUCGUCCUCGACCCCCAACCUGCCCAAGGCCACAGCCAGCCCUAUCUCGGGAGGCAGCUCACCUUUACUCAACGCGCAACGAUAUGCAAACGAGCCCUACCCUCUACACCACGCCUUCUCCUUUGGCUCUGGCUCGUCGAUGCCCAGCACACCCACGUCGUUUCGCUCUCGCUCACCCUCCAUCAGCUCCCUCGAAACCAUACCCGACACCCCCGAUGCGGAAGAAGCGGCAAGGGUCGAGGAGGAAGAGUACCUGAAGAACCGCGCCGCAGCAGGAGGAGGCGAGGGCGAGGAAUCCGACGGACGAGAUGCCCGGAGGAAAAGUUCGCUGGAAAUGCGGUUCGGUGGCAAGGAGAAACGGAAGAGGUGGUCUGUCUGUGGAGCGGAGAGACGAGGUGAUUUUUCUUUGGAGGUCAUAGAGGAGUGA